CCCGCUCAAAAGGAGAGCAUUAUCACCCAACAUGUGGUCCAAGCACUUGAUUCUACUAAAAGUCAUCCUCAACACGGCCCUUGCGACUGCAAAUCCCGAACCAGUCGAUGCGACCACCCUCGCUGAGUUCAUAGAGAAGGAAACCCCGAUCGCCUGGAAGGGGAUUCUCAACAACAUCGGAGCAGAGGGAGCACUGGCACACGGCGCCUAUCCAGGCAUUGUGGUCGCCUCACCCUCCAAAUCCGACCCCGACUAUUUCUACACCUGGACACGAGAUGCGGGGCUGACCAUCCCCGCCAUCACCGCCCAUCUGACCGACGACGGGGACGACACCUCCACCAUCGAACGCGUCCUCCAACAAUUCGUCACCUCGCAAGCAACCCAGCAAACCGUCUCCAACCCCUCCGGCGCCCUAGCCGAUGGCACCGGGUUGGGCGAGCCCAAAUUCCACGUCAACAUCACCGAGUUCACGGAGGCGUGGGGGCGCCCGCAGCGCGACGGACCCCCCCUGCGCGCCUCCGCCCUCAUCGCCUACGGGAACCGCCUCCUCGCCCACGGCAAGACCGCCCUCGCCCGCUCCAACAUCUGGCCCAUUGUCCGCAACGACCUGGCCUACGUCGCCCAGUACUGGAACGAGACCACCUUCGACCUCUGGGAGGAGGUCCGGGGGUCCUCGUUCUUCACCACCGCCGUCCAGCACAAGGCGCUCGUCGAGGGCCAGGCGUUCGCGGCGGCGGUGGGCGAGACGUGCGCCGGCUGCGCGGUGAUCGCGCCGCAGAUCCUGUGUCAUCUCCAGCAGUAUUGGGACGGCACGGCGGCGGUCAUUUCUAACAUCCCAACCAGCGGGCGCUCGGGGCUUGAUGCGAAUUCCAUCCUUGCUGCGGUCCAUACCUUCGAUCCGGAGGCGUCGUGCAAUGAUGAUGGUGAUGGUGGUGGCGGUACCUUCCAACCGUGCUCGCCCCGCGCGUUGUCGAAUCAUAAGCAUGUGGUCGACUCGUUCCGAUCUCUGUACAAGGUGAAUGAGGGCCGUGGGGCUGGCACGGCGGCGGCGGUGGGGCGCUACGCCGAGGAUAUCUAUCAGGGGGGGCAUCCAUGGUACCUCACGACCCUUGCCGCGGCGGAGCAAUUGUACGACGCCUUAUACCAGUGGGACCGACAAGGCGUCAUCGACGUGACAGCGGUGUCUGCGCCUUUCUUCGCGGACCUCCUCCGCGACCUCGUCCCUGGGUCCUACCCACGAGGCUCGGAUGAAUACGCGGCCAUCCGCGAUGCGGUGAGGCGGUAUGCGGACGGCUUUGUCUCCGUGGUCCAGGAGUAUACCCCGGCGGAUGGCGGGUUGGCGGAGCAGUUCGACCGCAACACCGGGAAGCCGGUGUCGGCGGUCGAUCUGACGUGGUCGUUUGCGGCGUUCCUGACGGCGACGGCGAGACGGAGCGGCGCGGUGCCUGCGUCUUGGGGCGCGUCCGCCGCAGCGCCGGCCCCGGCGACGUGUAGCGCGACGAGCGUCCCCGGGCAGUAUGCUACGCCGGUCGUUGGGUCAUGGCGGGUGCAUGACGAGCUGAGGUGAUUGACUCGCACCAUGCAGCCUCAUCACACGCCAACUUGAAUGAUGAAUCGUGCUCCAGGG